AUGGAACAAAGAAUUACUUCUCUUGAAACCAGGCUGGAAAAUGCUGAAAAAGAAGUUCAAGAGUUGCGGAGACUCACUCAAGGCACUCCUCGAGUGGCUUUCUCUGCAGCUCUCCCUGGCUCUGGAAACACAGGACCUUUUACCACUGCUACCCCACUAACGUACAAAAAGGUUUUCUCCAACACAGGGAACUGCUAUAAUCCAUCAACAGGUAUUUUCACAGCAACGGUCAGUGGAAUGUACUUCUUUCGGUUCUCGAUGUUCAACAACAUGACUCCUGCUCCCAACUCGGUUGUGAGCCUCAUGAAGAACAGCGAACGGCUGACGUCUGUGUGGGACACCGCUGCGACUGAUAUUCACGACAGUGGAAGCAACGCUGUGGUCAUCUCUCUGAAAGUGGGAGACAACGUGUACGUGCAGCUGGAGCCAAACAGGGCCGUCUAUGAUGAUGGGAUGCACUACAACACAUUCAGCGGCUUCCUGCUCUUCCCCAUGUGA